AUGUCCCGUAAAUUCUCAGAGCUCUCCUUCCCGGGCAAGUAUCAAACUUACAGUCAUUGUGAGCUCCAGUACACUCAAUGGCUGCUGACAGCCCUCGGUGUGUGGCCUAUGGUGUCAAAAAACGUCACCCCAAAGGCAAAGGUCUCGUCGUUCCUCUCAGUCUGUCUAAUUCUAUUCGCAAUAGCCUUCACUGUAGUUCCCUGCAUCAUGUUCGUGACCCUCCGGAUGACGAGCAUGAGGAGUCGACUGGUGUUCUUUGGUCCUCUAGGAUUCCGCAUAACUAAUCUACUCAAGUAUCUCUUCAUGAUAUACCGUGCUAAUAUUUUGAAAGUUUGUGUGAGCCGCAUCGAGGCGGAUUGGUCAGCUGCUACGGAAAAAGAUCAAGUGGUCAUGGCGAGGAGCGCCGAAUUGGGCAGAAAACUGACCCGAUUGUGCGCUUUCUUCAUGUACGGCAGUGGAAUAUUCUUUCAUGCAAUGACCUUUCUCCGGCCGAGACGAGUAGACGCCUUCAACGUCACAAUCAGACCGCAUAUCCUACCGGGGUAUGAUUUAUUUGUCAAUCCUCAAGUCACGCCAACUUACGAGAUUAUCUUUGGGAUAAAUUGUCUGUGUGGGGCAGCUAUUUAUACCAUUGUCAUAGCAACAUGCAAUCUAGCCGCUGUUUUCGUCGGUCAUGUCUCUGGACAGGUGCAAGUUAUCAGGCUCAAGCUUCUCAAUCUUGAAGAGUAUGAGCAGAACUUUGAGAAGAACGAGGAUAUCCGUAAAGAUAUUGCCUACAUAGUGAGAUGUCAUGUGAAGAUGUUGAGGUAUAAUGUCAGAGAUGUACUGCGGGAAAUUUGUCUUGUUGAGGUGGUGCAUUCCACUACUGUCAUAUGCUGGCUCGAAUUUUUCGUUUUGACGGGCUGGAAAAAUAGUGAAGUAAUAUUCAUAGUCACAUACUUCUUAUUGCUCGUCUCCUUAACAUUCAACAUUUUCAUGUUUUGUUACAUCGGAGAGAUACUGAAAAAUCAGUGCGCAUCUAUGGGUCACAUGACUUACAUGAUAAACUGGCAUAACAUGCCUAAAGAGAAUAUUUCCUCGCUGAGUCUGAUAAUCGCAAUGGCGAGGUAUCCUUGUACCAUAACAGCCGGAGGGAUGAUGGAGCUGACCAUCAGAAGCUUCGGUCAUGUGAUGAAAACAUCGCUGGGAUAUUUUCAGAUGCUACGAACGGUCGCCGCGUGA